AUCGCUGUCUAAGGCGUUUCGUGUUUCGUGCGGGCAUCAGUGAAGAACUGGAACGGAUUGCGUUUCCGGUUACUACUGACUGACAUUCGAGAGGUUGAUUCAAAGUAUUGCAAUGCUCCUUGUAGGAUGUUUAUACGUAGAAAAAUGAAAAUCAUCUUUCUUGUAAUGACCACAUUCUCCGUGGUGACGAGCACUUGUAUUUUACCAUCACCUUUAACUUUACAACUGAUACUGGAAUUCUCGAAGUUAAGAUCAUGGAAUCAAAUAGUACUAUUCGACAAUCUAAGCUCCUUAGAUUGUGUAUUCGCCUACGCAAGACCUUUGUUUGCGUGCCUCGCUGAAACAGGUAUCAGCGUGUCAAUUCAGUCAGCCAUCAAUCCAAAUAUACCAGACGCCCUUAUUAUUCGGAAACAUCGAAUCGGAUCCAUUGUCUUAUUGGAUAGUCUCAAUCUCACCUCUCCUGAGAAUGUUUUACACGUGGCCUCUCAGAAAUUUCUGUUCAACUAUUACAUCUCCUGGCUAAUGAUAACAACAAGAAACACCGACGCAACUAUAGAUUCAGUACUCCGGCAUUUGAAUAUUGGCAUCGACAGCGACGUGGUCAUUGCUACAUCAUCUUUAUCGUAUUCUGCGAUUCACAAAUUAUCACAAACGUAUUCGAACAGGUCACAUUGCUGUUUACGAAGCUAUGAGAGUCACUUUCAAUAUCGAGAGCCUCCUGUGAAACAACCUGUCGAAAACGCGUCGAUAAAUUUGAACUACGCCAUCUUGGAGAACCGAACGGUGGUCUUCUACUUUGUCCAUGUAUACAAAAUCCGGCAUUCGGACAACACCAGUCUGAUGACAAAUUUUCUUGGUUCCUGGAACCCGCAUUCUUGGUCGUUGCAAAACCCGACAAGCGUCAAGCUUAGAAACGACUUCAAAGGGAUGCCGAUUGUCUUCGGGGUGUUGAAUGGAACAAUCGAUGGCCAGAUGGAUGUUACUGAUCAAUUGGAAGCGAACGAUAUCUUGCCGCUUCUUGACUUCGCGAGCUUCGUCACGAGCAGCGUUAACGCAAGCAUAGAAUUAGUGUCCCACGAUAAACUAGGAACUCUCAACAACAAAGUUUGGGGCAAUCUUCUUGGCGAUGUCGUUACCGGAGUUGUUGAUAUAGGGCUAGGAUACAUAACCGUUAACGAAGAACGACAAGCGGAGAUGACGUUCAGCCAUCCUCUGAUUCGCUAUAUGAGGAAUAUUUAUUAUCAUCCAUUGGAGAGUGGAACCAUGAGAGACAUAUUUCGCCAACCGUUUGACAACUGUCUACUGGGAUGCGUAGCUUCUACGUAUGUCGCCAUUUUAUUCGCGAUGGGACUGAUUAUCUAUGCCGCGAAAACUGUUCUCCAUUACGAGGAGGAAAAACGCGUUGGUAUUGGAGAAGCUGCUCUCUGGUGCAUUAGCAUAAUGUGCAUGCAAGGUUCUCCGUGGACUCCUCGCAAUCCGUCAGGCAAAACUGUUUUGUUGUUUAGUCUGAUCUUCGCUUUGGUAAUGUACAAUGCUUACGCUGGCUUUAUUACCUCUAUAUUAUCGGUUCAAGCGAGUGGCAUUAAGUCGAUCACCGAUCUUUUGUCACACAACUUUAAGUUGGGGUACAGCAUAACCGAGGACGAGUAUAUUCGCAAUGUAAACGAUAGCAAUCUUCGCGAGCUUUACAUAAGAGCCUUCGACAAUCGAGAGUCUGGAUUAGACAUCACUUCCGGUCUAAUGAAAGCAGUACAGGGCCAAUACGGUUUCUUCGUGAGCGCCAGUCUCGCGCGACGUGCGCUCAGAACAACGUUAAUACAAGAACGAUGCACUUUGAAGGAAUUACCUCUUCCUCAAACCUUCACGAUGGUGGCUUUACCGAUGGCCAAUUCCUGCCCCUACAAAAAGAUUAUUAAUUUAAAUAUCUUGAGAAUACGAGAACGUGGUGUCUUGGAUCGAAUCACGGAACGAAUGCUACCGGAAAUGCCGCAGUGCAAAUCGCCGACCACUUUCCACAGUGCCAGGUUGGCUGACGUUUAUUCUGCCUUCUUCAUCUUGAUCGCCGGUGGCGUGACAGCGGUUUCGAUCUGGAUCGCCGAGAGGAUAUGGAACAAGAGACGUCAAAUGAAGGACACUAUAAUACGGGGGAUGCGGCAGCGUCAUCUGAUGCCGAAUCUGUCUCACUUACCCCAUCUACCCCACUUGCCGCAGUUACCUUCUUUUUCGCAGUUCCACCAUUUACACUUGCAUUCGCAUCGUAAAAAGCUGAGUCACGUGCAUCACACUAACGAGAUGCAAUUCGAUUCAAAGAAAACGAACGAAUGCUUCGUUAUGGAUUCUUCUUCUUCCAUUUAUGCACACGAUUUACGAAUUUUACCUAGAAUUUUACGACCUAGGAAGAGAAACAAGGAUGGGACAGGUCAUUUACGUAGAAUCAUCGAUUGUUCCCGCAUCGGAUCACGAUUCUAUAAUCGCCGUAAAGAGAACAGUUUGAAUAAAUCGACCUUUCUCGAAUUACCGCGAACGAAGUGCAACAGUGUCGAGAAGAAUGACAAAUCGAGUCAUAGUACAAUUUUUCCCUUUCAUGAAUAACUUAUGGUAAUUCUGUGUGCAUUCGCGUAUGUAAUAUAUAUAGACGACAAGCAUAAAAAAUUGCAACGACUGUAAACGGGUAUUAGAGAAAUCUUGAUAAUUUCCAUCAUUUUGGGACUUGCAUUUCUACAUUACAUUUGAUCGCAGAGUCACUAUUGACGUUACUUAAAGAUCUGAGAAAUGAUCUUUUUUUGAUUUAUCGAUAUAUCUAAUGGAUAGAUCGAUUAUCCUCGGUUUUUUACUGGAUUUAACAUGAUAAAUUGCCUCUGCUUUGGAUCUCGUGACAGUAAAAGGAGAGAACUUUGGAACCACUUGAAAUCUUUUACGCGUAAUUCUUGAGUUACCUUGUAAAAUGGUUUAAAAAAGGUUUAUCAUGCCUGAAGCCAAUGGACCAAAGUCCAACUGAGCGUAGAUUAUUGGAACCGGUUCGGAGUUACAAUAAACAAGUAUGCAGAAUAUGUAGAAGAUUUAGAAGAAGUAAUAAUUCUGUAACAAAAUGUUCCGUGAUUUAGCAAUUCUUACUGUAAAGUAAACACCUAUUACACAAAUAAAGUGAGAGAUGAGCAAACAUUUAUAUCAAUGUGAUUUCUAAACGAUCUCAUUUCAGAUUACACAUUUUCACGCGAAAUGUAUCAUUCGGGGUUGCCAUAUUUGCCGUACGUCGCAGUAAUUUUCACUUUGGUGUUGUAUGUCUUAUAAGGAGGCUCAUAUUUCUCUAGAUUCUCCAUGUUCCUGCAGUCUCGCAGCAAUCCCAUUUCGCUUCUAUAAAAUGAUAAAGUCAGAAUCGUACCUUUUGUUUGAUUAUCUCGUCCUUAUUACCGACACAUAACGUUAGAGAUGUCAGGAGAGUUUUCGUCGUCGUUACACCAUUUCUGCCAUUGUUCGUAAAGUUGAUUCUCACCAAUUUCAUCCAAAUAAUAAUGACAUAGAUCCCUCAGUCUGUUGAAAAUUGAAUUCAUUAAUGAACAAUGAUAGCUGUGUCGAAUUAUAAAAUACAUUUCGUUAUUUAAGGAGAAAGGAAACAUUUCUAUUAAAUUCAAAUAGCUGCUUACUCUUUUCCCCAAAGUCCAUCUGCUGAAGUAGAAAUCAAAAUAGAACCAGGCGAAUCGUCGCAAAUGAACUUCUUUCCGUUAACUUCUCGCAGACGAUAGCUGUGCAAUGUUUUCUUUUUAAAUUAAUUAUUGAACUGACUGUUACUUAGAACUGGUAUGAGCGCUUACUAUAUAAACGUACUAUUGAAAUUCGUGAUCGCAAAUGGUUCUCAAGAAGAGCUCAACUUCGGUGUCGUCCAGACAUGCACUUGGUGACAUCAUU